CAACUAACAAAAUUUUUAGUAAAUGCAAUUGAGACAGACGAUAAAAAAUCUUCUGCAAUAGAAAAAAUAGGUAAAGAAGAAAUUGGUAAAAAAGUCCCCCGAUGGUCAUACAAAUUAAUAACUGAAUUGGAACAAAUAUCGUAUUUUACAAAUCCACCAGAUGAUCAUGAUAUUCGUUCAAGAAAAGGGAUCAGUGUAUUAAUUUUUGAAGAACCUAAGACUCUCAAAGAUAAGACUACAAACAAAGAUAAGAAUACAAAAGAUACAAAUAUUCAAGCUAUAAAAUCCGACGAUAAUGAGAAAGAUAAAAAUAUUAAAAAGAAAAAGGAAGAUGAGGAUAAUAAGCUUUUUUUAUUACGAUAUCCGCACCAAUCUGAUUUUCGCCAAGGCUUAAUAAAAGACUCUAUGCGAACUCAAAGACGUAAAAUAGUUAUUGAGGGACUUUUUAAAGCAAAUGCGCAUUCCCCUCUUUUUUUUGACAGGAUGAGGAAAAAAACCUUUUUUUCUCUACCAUACCUGGCUCAACUGAAACGGCUUUUUAGAAAAUGGUCAUCCAUAAAAGAGUUUGGGAUUUUAGAAUCUACAGAGGAAAAAAAAAUAAUAAUAAAAAGAGAAACCAAAAAGGAAAAAAAACGACGAGAGGAAAUAGAACGGUUAGAGAUAGGGGAAGCCUGGGAGACUUUUCCAUAUACCCAAAUAAUAAGAGGUUUUUUAUUAAUAACCCAAUCAAUUCUCAGAAAAAAGAUUCUAUUACCUUCAUUCAUAAUCGGUAAAAAUAUCGGGCGUAUGCUACUAUUUCAAACUCCUGAAUGGUCUGAAGAUUUAAAGGGAUGGAAUAGAGAAACGCAUGUGAAGUGUACUUAUAAUGGUAUUCCGUUAGCUGACAAAAAAUUUCCGGAAAAUUGGUUGACAGAAGGUAUUCAAAUCAAAAUUUUAUUUCCUUUCUGUCUCAAACCUUGGCACGAAUAUAAAUCGCUAAAUUCUCGUGAUGACUUUUGUUUUUUAACAGUUUGGGGAAGGGAAACAGAACACCCUUUUGGUCAUCCACGACAAAAACCUUCGUUUUUUAAGCCUGUUUUUAAGGAACUUUACAAAUUUGUAAAAGUAAAAAUUAAAUUUUUAAAAAAGUUUUCAAAAAAAAAACACAAGUUCAAAAGAAACAAGAACAAUACACCCGAGUGUAAUAAAAAAUGAAAAAGAUGAUCUAAUAAAUAACCAGAUAAUGAAUCAACCCUUGAGUAAAAUUGAAAAAAUUACAGAUUGGAAAAAUUAUUCACCGAUAGACAAAAUGCAGGCUAUCACUCAUAGGACAAGUACAAUUAAAAAAAAACUAGAAAGAAUUACGGAAGAUAAGAAAAGGGUCACUCUAGAACUUGAUAUGAACCCUUACAAAAAAAGUUCGAGAUUAGCCUUGUCAAAAAAUUUUUGUCAAAUGUUGAAAAAAAAAAAAAAUAGAUUAAUAUAUAAAUUUAAUUAUUUUAUAAAAUUAUUUAUUCAAAGAAUAUCUAAUUGUAUUUUUUUAUAUACUAUAUCUAUUUGCCAAAUGACUCAAAAAGUCUUUGUGGAAUCAACAAAAAUGAACUCUCUUUCAAAUUCAAAUAUAAAAACGCAUAAUAAUAAGCUUUAUAAGGAAAAUUCAGAGAGUUUUGGUGAUUUAUCCAACUUGUCACAAGCAUAUGUAUUGUACAAAAUAUCAGAAAGGGGUUUUUUGAACGUACGUAAUUUCAUAUCUGUUCUUCAACAAAAUGGAACAUCUUUCUUGAUUAAAAAGAAAAUAAAAGACUCAUUUCAUACACAAGGAAUACUUCCAUCUGAAGGAAUAAAAAAACAACUUAAGCGGCCUAGAACGAGUCAAUGGAAAUUUUGGUUAAAAGGGAAUUCUCACUACGAUUUAUCUCCUAAUUUCUGGUCUGCCUUAAGAUCACAAAAACAAAAAUGGAGAAAUAGGGCGAAUCGCUAUCGUAGGUCUAAACAAAAAUAUUUAGACAAAAGGACUUCCGGUAAAAAAUUAAAAUUAAAUACUUACAGGAAACAAAAGGAUGCUAACUCAGUCUUGAAUAAAAAAACAAAAGAUAAUUUAAAAAAAUGCUAUCGAUAUGAUCUUUUAGCAUAUCAAUACAUUCAGUAUGAAAAAAAUAGUGGAACCCCUACCAGGAGCUAAACGGGAAGCAAUUUCUUAUCAUUACAAGAUGUCACAAAACAACUUGUUUGCGAUAACGAAAAAUAUUCCUAUCACUAGUUUCAGAGGAAAAAUAGAAAGGUUAAAUAUUCCAUAUCCAAAAAAAGAUGUCGAUAGAAAAUAUUUGAAUUGGAAAAAUAUUGAUUUUUCUCUUAAAAAAAAAGCGAAUAUUGAGUCCUGGAUCACGGGUAAUUAUAACAAUACUCAAAAUACUCCAAUUUUCACUUACAAUUAUCAAUUAAUUGAUAAAAUGGAAGAAAUUUUGAAAAUUGAGCAAAUUUUUAAAAACGAAAAAGAUCCUUUUGCUCUUUUGAUUCAGAAAAAUACCGAAAUGAAUCGACUCCAUUCUAGAAAUUCUUUAUUGGAUUGGAUGGGACUGAAUGAAGAAAUACUCGACCGUCCAUUAACGGCUGAGGAACUUUUGGUUUUCCCAGAAUUUGUGUGGUUUGUUAAUUUAUAUAAACUGAAACCAUGGAUUAUACCAAGCGAAUCACUUAUUUCAAAUUUGAAUCUUAAUGAAAUGACAAGUCAAAAGACCGGUAAAACUCAGAAAGAUAAAAAAGAUAAAACUGAGAGUAAAAAAAAAGAUAAAGCCGAGGGUCAAACCAAAAGUGAACCUGAGGGUCAAACCAAAGGUGAAACUCAGGGUGAAACCAAAGGUAAACCUGAAGGUGAAACCAAAGGUAAACCUGAAGGUGAAACCAAAGGUAAACCUGAAGGUGAAACCAAAGGCGAAACUGAAGGUGAAACUGAAGGUGAAAAGAAAAGUCAAACUGAGAUAGAACUAGAGUUAUUCAUGAAAAACUAUUUAUUUUUUCAAUUUAGAGAGGAUUUUACUUUAAAUCAAGGCCUUUUCCAAGAUCUCCAAAUCUAUUGUCUCUUGCUUAGAAUGAUAAAUCGAAAAAAAAUGAUGCUAUCAUGGAUUCUAAGGGAAAAGUUAAAUUUGGGUCUAAUGCCACAGAUGGAUCAGAAAGAGAGUGUUCCAGAUUCAAAAAGAAAUGUUCCAGAUUCAA